AACUACAUACACAUACAACUGUUAAAACAACAAAAUGGUGACAUACAGAGAUAUUGUACCUAUUGGUACUGGAUUGAUUAUAGCAGCUUCUAGUUUUGGUCUUGGAGUUGUGUACUCCUCUUGGCCCUAUGAUGUCAAUACCCUUUGGAGAUAUGAAGAAGGAGCAAUUGAUGUUUCAAUUGCCCAUUAUCAACAAUGGGCCAACUCUCCAAUGUACAUCCAUUAUACAUUACAAGCUGUUGCUGGAUUGGGUCUCCUUGGAUGUUUUAUCAAGUUGUACAAGCCAAAUGAAGAUGCAAAAUAUUUUGAAUAUGGUACCUUGGGUUUAUUGAUGGUUGGUUUAAUUAUCUACUUAACUAACUUAAGAACUGGUAUCAAUUCUUGUAUCACUGGUAAUUGGGGUGAAGUUGAUGCUGCCACUGGAGUCAAUGUCAUGGCUGCUUCUCAAGUCAUGAUUGUUUUUGCCCUUGUUGGUGUUUUGGUAUUACAAGCAGGAUUAUACUAUGCUGAAUGGUAUGAAAACAAAUUAAAGGAAGAAUUCUACAAAGAAGAGGCUGCCGAAGCUGCCGCUGCUGCUGAAAAGCAAGCUAAGGAAGAAGAAGAAGUUCAGGCUGAAACCCAAGAAAAUGCGGAGACUAGUGGAGCAGCUCGUAAGACCAAACAAACUGCUAGAAAGAGAAAGUCAUAGACAAUUCAACCAGUAAGUUUAUCUAUUUUUAUGGGUAUUUGUAAAAUUAUUGUUUACCAUCUGGAUUCUAUAUAGUCUUGUAUAACACCUACAGUAAUAACAUUUUAUUGACAUUUCC